UCCCACCCCACGAGAGACUGGAAAGAGAUCCAUCUCUAAAGCCAUUUUAAACCCAGUCACGCAUCCCCCCCUUACAAGAGGAGCAAGGACACUAGUGCUCAUCAUCUCUUCAAUGGGGGGUCGCUGUGUGGAAGAGAGCUACCUUGCUAACUGGGUCUGAGUGGGACAGCGCGUGACCAGUUGCCCUGCAGCCCUGCUGCCCCUAUUUGCUUCAAACCUGCACUAACGCCUACAUCCAAAGGGCCCGACGGUACUUCUGGACAAGAUGAGCCCGGACAGCGAGGAGCGUAUCACCAUCAACACCUACAACACCACGGUCCACACACUGGGUGGAGACAAUGUCAGGGAAGGCAGACGACUGCGCUACAUGCAGAGAGACGGCAGGUUCCCCGUGGUAUUUCAAAUGGCUGCCGGGGAGUGGAGUCCAUACCUGGUGGAUAUCUUCACCACUCUCGUGGAGAUCCGCUGGAGGGUCAUGCUCCUCACCUUCUCCCUCUCCUACAUUCUCUCCUGGACCUUCUUUGGCCUUCUCUAUUGGCUGAUUGCCUACGUGCACGGAGACCUGGAGAAUCCGGACAACGCGCCCUGCGUGGAAAAUGUACGCAGCUUCACCGCGGCGUUCCUGUUUUCCUUGGAGACCCAGGCUACUAUUGGCUACGGCUUCAGGGGGAUGACUGAGAACUGCGUCUCGGCUAUUAUAGUGGAGGUAGUUCAAGACGUAGUUAGCUGCCUAAUCGACACCUUCGUCAUUGGCAUCGCUGUAGCCAAAAUGGCAUCUGCACGUAAAAGGGCACAGACGGUGGGUUUUAGCAAAUGCGCGGUGGUCAGCAUGAGAAACGGUGGGCUUUGUCUCUCCUGGCGCCUUGGGGACUUCAGAGGUAAUCACAUCCUGGAGGGGACCACCACAGCGCAGGUGAUCCGCUACGUGAAACACCCCUUGGGAUCAGUUGUAGUGUCAUACCAAGACCUGGACAUCCAGGGCAGGGACAUCGUUUUGGCCACGCCGGUGACCAUCAUCCACAGGCUGGGACCCGGCAGUCCCCUCUACAGCCUGGGCCCUGAGGACUUGGUGAGGGAAGACUUUGAACUGGUGGUGUCUUUUACCUACAAUGGAGACUCCACCGGCAUACUACAUCAGACGCGUGCUUCCUACGCCCCGGAAAACAUCUACUGGGGCCAGCGGUUCCAGGACAUGGUGAAAGUGGGCAAGAAGCACUACAAAGUGGAUUAUGCAUUGUUUAACCAGACCACCUAUGUACAGGUUCCCAUGCUAAGUGCAGAGGAAUAUAACAGAGAGAGACUCCCAUCAGCCAACAUUCGCUCCCAGCGGCGCAACUUACAGCCCAUCAGGAGAUCCAAGAUCUGCUGCCCAGUGAAACCGGACGAGGAGGAGGAGGUCAUAUGUAAGACCUGGCUGUAGGCUGAAUGAAAAACUCGUCUUGACGUUGACACCUGUACAUACUGUGCUAUAUUUAAAGGAUAUAAAAUGUGAUGAUGUUCGAUGUCUUUGUAUUCUUGUAAAUAUGCCCCGCUUUUUAUAAGAUAGAUUUAUACCCGAAUACCAGCGAACAGAGCAGUCCUCAUUAUGUGGGACAGACACUGCACCUCGAAUUAAAAGUGCUUUCA